AUGGCGUCAACCCCGCCUCACUGGUUGAUCAACACCACCGCAAAUAACCAUCGUCAGACCCGUCAACAAACCAACUCCAACUACCGUCCUUUGCUUCCGCAGCGCGUCUCUUCCUCUCCUCGUGGCGGUCGCGCCGUAACCUCAGCUCCUCCGUAUCCAUCAGCCGCUGUUUCCGUCGCCAAUGUUAACUCCGGUCGACUAUCACAGACCCCUACUUUUUCCCCUCUCCAAACUCCCAAAUCGGGUCUCUCCUCUGAUUUCUCGGGUCGUCGGUCGACCCGGUUCGUCUCCAAGAUGCAUUUCGGGCGACCGAAAGCUACAUUGGUCUCUCGACGCAGCUCUGCUGCAGAAGAUGCACUCGAGAACGCCGUCGAUUUCACAGGGGACUGUAACUUGUUUCAGAGUCUACUGUUGAGCUUCGAGUCAAACCUUCGUGGCUCUGAAGACUACACCUUUAUAAUCCGCGGGCUCGGGAAUCGCGGUGAGUGCGAUAAAGCCCUGACCUUUUACGAUUUCGCAGUGAAACGAGAGAGGAGAAAGAACGAGCAAGGGAAAUUAGCUAGUGCUAUGAUUGGCACUCUCGGUAGAUUAGGCAAAGUAGAUAUUGCUAAGAAUGUUUUCGAGAAUGCUUUAGCUGGUGGGUAUGGGAACACGGUUUACGCCUUCUCGGCUCUGAUUAGUGCUUAUGGGAGAAGCGGGCUCCAUGAGGAUGCCAUUAGUGUCUUCAACUCCAUGAAAAGCUACGGCUUGAGGCCAAAUUUAGUAACCUACAAUGCGGUGAUUGACGCUUGUGGUAAAGGUGGGAUGGAGUUUAAGAAAGUUGCCGACUUUUUCGAUGAGAUGCAGAGGGAUAAUGUGCAGCCUGAUAGGAUAACUUUCAACUCUUUGAUUGGUGUUUGUAGUAGAGGAGGGUUGUGGGAAGCAGCAAAGCAUCUGUUUGAUGAGAUGUCGAGAAGAGGGAUUGAGCAAGAUGUGUUCUCUUACAAUACUCUUCUGGAUGCAAUCUGCAAAGGAGGGCAGAUGGAUCUUGCUUUUGAAAUCCUUGCUCAGAUGACAGCGAAGAGGAUCAAUCCUAAUGUUGUAAGUUACAGUACUGUGAUUGAUGGGUUUGCAAAGGCUGGGAGAUUCGAUGAAGCUUUAAACUUGUUUGAUGAGAUGAGAUAUCUCGGGAUUGCGUUAGAUAGAGUUUCCUACAAUACAUUGCUUUCGAUUUAUACUAAAGUUGGUAGAUCGGAAGAAGCUUUGGAUGUUUUUAGAGAAAUGGCAUCGGUUGGGAUUAAGAAGGAUGUUGUGACUUACAAUGCUCUUCUUGGAGGAUAUGGGAAGCAAGGCAAAUAUGAUUUAGUGAAAAAAGUUUUCGCUGAGAUGAAACGUGUGCAUGUCCUGCCAAAUUUACUGACUUAUUCGACAUUGAUCGAUGUGUACUCAAAAGGAGGUUUGUAUAAAGAGGCAAUGGAGAUAUUCAGGGAGUUUAAGAGCGUUGGAUUAAGAGCUGAUGUUGUGUUGUACAGUGCAUUGAUUGAUGCUUUGUGUAAGAAUGGUUUGGUGGGUUCUGCUGUGUCCUUGAUCGAUGAAAUGACAAAGGAAGGGAUUAGGCCUAACGUUGUAACUUACAAUUCCAUAAUUGAUGCGUUUGGUCGCUCUGCAACUAGAGAUGGUGGAUCCUCCUCUUUUCCUGCUGCUUCUCUAAGUGAAUUGACUGAAACAGAGGAUAGUCAGGUAAUACAGGCAUUUGGACAGCUAACACUUGAGAAUAAUAACAAGAUGAAGAGAGAUUGUAAGGAGGGUAUGCAUGAGCUCUCAUGUAUAUUGGAAGUUUUCUGCAAAAUGCAUCAGCUUCAGAUAAAACCAAAUGUGGUAACUUUUUCAGCGAUUCUGAAUGCGUGCAGUCGGUGUAACUCAUUUGAAGAUGCAUCAACGCUGCUAGAGGAGCUCAGACUGUUUGACAAUCAGGUAUAUGGUGUUGUUCAUGAACUUCUCAUGGGCCAUAGAGAUAAUAUGUGGAUCCAAGCUCAGAGCUUGUUUGACAAAGUGAACGAAAUGGAUGGUUCUACUGCUUCUGCCUUCUACAAUGCUCUUACCGACAUGCUUUGGCACUUUGGUCAGAAACGUGGCGCACAACUGGUGGCGCUAGAGGGAAGAUCUAGACAGGUUUGGGAGAACGUGUGGUCUGAGUCUUGCUUGGACUUACACCUUAUGUCUUCUGGUGCUGCACGUGCAAUGGUCCAUGCUUGGUUGCUAAACAUACGCUCCAUUGUCUAUGAAGGUCAUGAGUUACCUAAACUCAUGAGCAUAUUGACUGGUUGGGGAAAACACAGCAAAGUGGUUGGAGACGGAGCAUUAAGGCCAGCGGUUGAAGCGCUUUUGAGGGGAAUGGACGCACCGUUCCACCUCUCAAAAUGCAACAUGGGACGGUUCACAUCAACAGGUUCGGUUGUAGCAACUUGGCUGCGUGAAUCAGCCACACUCAAACUCUUAGUCCUCCAUGAUCAUAUAACCACCGGAGCUAACACAUCAAUGAGGUCAACAGAGCAACAAGCACAAACCUCUCUCACUCUGCAGCCUCUUCUCUUGUAG